AUGGCGUCCUUAACGAACCAACCAUCGAAGAAGGCUUUGCGUAAUCCCGGAGGAUCAGGUAGUUCUCAAGGAGUAAAUAGCUCUGGUGGGCCAAGUGUGAAGUUUGCGAGAAGAACUUCAAGUGGGAGAUAUGUGAGUCUUUCGAGAGAUGAUAUAGACACGUCUUCAGACUUAUCUGGGGACUAUAUGAACUACACUGUUCAUAUUCCCCCUACCCCAGACAAUCAACCCAUGGACACGUCCGUUGCAAUGAAAGCUGAAGAACAAUACGUUUCCAAUUCUUUAUUUACCGGUGGAUUCAACAGCGUUACCAGAGCCCAUCUAAUGGAUAAGGUCAUUGAUUCUGAAGUCACUCAUCCUCAAAUGGCCGGUGCCAAAGGCUCUGCAUGUUCCAUUUGUGAUGGCAAGGUCAUGAGGGAUGAAAGAGGACGUGAUGUGACUCCAUGUGAGUGUAGGUUCAAGAUUUGUAGAGAUUGCUUUAUAGAUGCACAGAAGGAAAAUGGUCUGUGCCCCGGUUGCAAGGAGCCAUACAGGGUAGGGGAAUAUGAGGAUGACACCCAAGAUUAUCCUAACAACGGGGCAUUGCCAUUACCAGCACCAAAUGGUAAAGGGAAUUCAAACAUGUCAGUUAUGAAGAGAAAUCAAAAUGGAGAAUUUGACCAUAACAAGUGGUUGUUCGAGACACAAGGUACCUACGGUGUUGGUAAUGCGUAUUGGCCCCAAGAUGAGAUGUUCGGUGAUGAUGAUGAUGCCCUACACGGAGCAUUGUUAGAUUCGGAGAAGCCGUGGAAGCCUUUAAGCCGAGUAACGCCAAUUCCAUCGGGCAUCAUGAGUCCUUACAGGUUGCUUAUUUUUGUUCGACUAGUAGUGUUGGCCUUCUUUUUACACUGGAGAGUAACAAAUCCCAAUGCAGAUGCAAUAUGGUUGUGGCUUAUGUCUAUUAUUUGUGAGAUAUGGUUUGCAUUCUCAUGGAUUCUUGAUCAAAUGCCCAAGCUUUGCCCUGUGAAUCGUUCAACUGACCUUGCAGUCCUUUAUGAAAAAUUUGAUGGUGCAUCCCCAUCAAAUCCAACAGGGAGAUCUGAUCUGCCCAGCGUGGACAUGUUUGUGUCCACUGCCGAUCCUGAGAAGGAACCACCUCUGGUCACUGCUAAUACCAUUCUUUCCAUAUUAGCAGCUGAUUACCCUGUGGAGAAGCUUUCAUGUUACAUUUCGGAUGAUGGAGGUGCUCUCCUAACUUUUGAAGCCAUGGCUGAGGCUGCAAGUUUUGCUGAUUUAUGGGUUCCCUUCUGUCGUAAACACAACAUUGAACCCAGAAAUCCAGAGUCAUACUUCAGCUUAAAAGUUGAUCCCACCAAGAACAAAAGUAGAACGGAUUUUGUUAAGGAUAGAAGGAAGGUGAAGAGGGAGUACGACGAGUUCAAGGUACGCAUAAAUGGCCUUCCAGAUUCCAUCAGGAGAAGAUCUGAUGCAUUUAAUGCGAGAGAGGAAAUGAAGAUGAUGAAGCAUAUGAAGGAGAGCGGUGCUGACGCUUCUGAGACUGUCAAAGUUUUGAAGGCCACAUGGAUGGCUGAUGGCACCCACUGGCCUGGUACUUGGGCUUCACCUUCUAGCGAACACUCUCGAGGUGAUCAUGCUGGAAUCCUUCAGGUGAUGCUAAAGCCGCCUAGUCCCGAUCCGUUAAUGGGAAAUGCAGAUGAGAAGAUAAUAGACUUAACAGAGGUGGAUACGCGGUUGCCAAUGUUUGUAUACGUUUCUCGAGAGAAGCGGCCAGGUUAUGACCACAACAAGAAAGCCGGUGCCAUGAAUGCAUUAGUUCGAGCAUCAGCAAUUUUGUCGAAUGGCCCAUUCAUUCUCAACCUUGACUGUGAUCACUAUAUCUACAAUUGCAAGGCAAUAAAGGAAGGGAUGUGCUUCAUGAUGGACAGAGGUGGCGAGGACAUAUGCUAUAUUCAGUUCCCACAAAGAUUCGAAGGUAUUGAUCCAUCAGAUCGCUACGCCAAUCACAACACUGUAUUCUUUGAUGGAAACAUGCGAGCCCUUGAUGGUGUUCAAGGUCCAAUGUACGUGGGAACUGGAUGCAUGUUUAGGAGGUUUGCUCUAUAUGGAUUCGACCCACCCUUGGUGGAAAAGGACAAGGACAAGAAAAAUCCUGAAAAGAGUAGCGACGGCGAAGAAGGGUCUAAAACCCCAGCCAUGAAUGCCAGCGAGUUUGAUCCAAAUCUUGACAUAAACUUGAUGCCAAAGCGCUUUGGUAAUUCAACGAUGCUAGCUGAGAGCAUACCCAUUGCUGAGUUCCAAGGGCGCCCCUUAGCGGAUCAUCCUGCAGUCAAGUAUGGACGUCCAGCUGGUGCUCUUAGGGUCCCUCGUGAGCCACUUGAUGCGAGUACCGUUGCUGAAGCAGUAUCUGUGAUUUCUUGUUGGUACGAAGACAAGACAGAAUGGGGAGACAGAGUGGGGUGGAUUUACGGCUCUGUGACAGAAGAUGUGGUUACAGGGUACCGCAUGCACAACCGUGGAUGGCGUUCAGUGUAUUGCAUAACCAAGCGAGAUGCAUUUCGUGGAUCAGCACCAAUCAACCUCACCGAUCGACUGCACCAGGUGCUGAGAUGGGCCACUGGUUCUGUGGAAAUAUUCUUCUCCAAGAACAACGCAUUCCUUGCCAGUAGGCGCCUCAAACAUCUUCAACGUCUCUCUUACCUCAAUGUUGGCAUCUACCCCUUCACCUCAAUUUUCCUUGUUGUAUACUGCUUCCUCCCUGCACUCUCCUUAUUCUCUGGAUAUUUUAUUGUCCAAACUCUAAGCAUUGCCUUUUUGAUCUACUUGCUCACCAUCACCAUAUGCCUAGUCUUGCUGGCCAUUUUGGAGGUUAAAUGGUCUGGCGUAGAGUUAGAGCAAUGGUGGAGGAACGAACAAUUUUGGCUUAUUUCUGGAACCAGUGCUCACUUGGCUGCAGUCGUGCAAGGACUCCUUAAGGUGAUAGCAGGUAUUGAGAUUUCUUUUACUUUAACGUCCAAAUCAGCAGGGGAAGACGAAGAUGACAUAUAUGCCGAAUUGUAUAUAGUCAAGUGGAGCUCGUUGAUGAUUCCACCCAUUGUUAUUGCCAUGGUGAACGUUAUCGCCAUUGUAGUGGCAUUUGCUAGAACCAUUUAUAGUGCAUCCCCACAGUGGAGUAAGUUCAUCGGAGGAGGAUUCUUCAGUUUUUGGGUGCUUGCCCAUUUGUACCCAUUUGCAAAAGGGUUGAUGGGGAGGAGAGGGAAGACACCUACAAUUGUUUUUGUUUGGUCAGGUCUCAUUGCAAUUACGCUUUCUUUGCUUUGGGUCGCUGUUAGCCCACCCAAGGGCGCCGAAGGACAAGGGAUAGGAGGAGAUUUUCAAUUUCCAUGA